UCGAAAAAUUUAUAAACACUAUACUAACUCCGAAUCCAGGGGAGGGCUGGACCGGGGCCCGGGGUGGUCACCCCCUGGAUCCGCCACUGGCACGGACAUGUUGCUAUCCACGACUAGCUCGUGAUAGAUCCGUUCGGGUCGGAUAAUUUAUCUUGAGGUAUAAGUUGGAACAAAUCAAAUUCCUAUGAGUAUGUAUUUCAAAGGAAAGAGACUUGAGAUGCUUUUGUAUUAAGCGUUUGAUAAGGAAAAAAAGAAUGACCUAAUAGUUAAAGUUAAACAAGCAAAGUGAUCUAGUAGGACGGAUCAGGUCAAGGUUAUAACACUUAAUUUAUACUUUUUCUAGCAUUAUUGUUUGAUUCUCCUGCUAAGAAAUAAAAACGGUUGUACACCUUCAAAUUCUAACUGAUGAUCAAUCAGUAAAACAUGAAUUUUUUAGAUCCACACACUUAUCAUGAUUUCGUUUUGAUCAAUCUAGUUAUGACUUAUGAUCCAUUAUAGCCUCAAAAGAUCUAAUAUACAUACAUUAUCGGACCUUUUGAAUAACAGUCAAGUAGACCUAUGAGCCAAGGAGUAUGAUAUAUAUAUAUAUAUAUAUAUAUAUAUAUAUUUGCAAUGAUACCACCAAAACUCUAAUAUUCCACAAAUGUAUAGCCAAACAAAAAGUUGUACAUAACAUCUAUAUGUUAUUUAUCAAUUAUGUGAUCUGAAAAACAAUAUGAAUCUUGCCGUUGGAAUUUAUGAAUUUAUAUGGUAAACGAAAAAUGACAAGAAUUAACGACUAGAUACUAACAAGUAGCACGAGCAAUAAUCUGCCGAGUAUUUAAAAGGAAAGCCGAAUUCUCAUAAUCCCAACAACCAAAUCCGUUCAAACAAAGCAUUGUGCAGCUGUGCUUCGAUCUGUCUGUCGCCAACAAAACUGAGAUCUUGGUUGUUGCAAGGAAAAACAAAAGAAAUUGGAUUUCCAAAUCCAUUGAGGUAGAGGACGUUAUCCAAACGGAGUUAAAUGUUGUCUUCCUCUUUUUUUUUUUUUUUUAAUAGUUAGAUUGGAACCCAAGAUGUGCGUCCAUAACAAGGUCAUAGAACUUAUUAGGAGAAUUUGAACGGCAUUGAAAAAUUGUAUGAGAUUGUGUUUCGGCAUUAAAUUUCGGAAUGAGCAUCGAGCAUUUUGUAGGUGAUGAACUUUCCUCGAAUGGUUGGAAUGAGAUUUUAAAACGUUAUUAAUUAUCUCUGAGUUGAGAUCUUAUUUCUAUAUUAAUGAUAGCUUUACCAUGCAUAUACUUAUGAGAUCGUUUCACAUACUUUUGACAACUGAAAUCAUCAAAUACAUUAUCCAUUUGAAAUUUUUUUUUUUUUUUUGCGACUAAUACCACUUUGCCGCGAUUCAAUCUCUUCAGAGCAACCAACAUCCAAGAACCAAGACACACAAAUUAACUUUUAGUAGUCCAAGCAAAACUCACUUUUUCCCCCUCAAGUAAAAAAAGAUGGCAAACAAAGUUAGGGAGAUGAAAACUUGGAAUUGGGUUUGAACUUGUACGUCUCAUCGGAGCACUCAAUUGCAGAGUUGAUCAUCUUUGAUUAACCUUUUUUAAUUAAAGUGUCCUUGCUGACCAAACAAAUCUGAAUUAGUAAAAACUAAAAAAAAAAUCAUAAAAUAAUAAAAAGGGAGAGGACGAGCGAAGAAUCCUUCAAACCCGCCCGCCACCAGACAGCAGGACUGACGAUUCGCCCCCGUCCGUCCGUGACGGAACCGUACCACUUCACCGUAACUCUCAAAUCUCAAUUCAGCCGUCUCCUCGCCGUUACUUUCUCUUCCAAAUUUACUUUGUUAUUUAAUUCUCCCGAACGGUGACACUUGUAUUCUAGUGCUUUUCAUUCUCACCACUAUGACAAAUGAGACUUGAAACGACAAAAAGAAAAAGGUAUUGGAAUUUGAUUUUAGAUAAUUAUCAAAAAUUAUGUUAAGAAAUCGUAAAUGGAAGAAAUUGACGAAAUACUAAGACCGAGAAUCACAAUACCGCCAAGAUUAGCACACACAAAAUUACCAAUUUCGAGUCAGGAUACCUAGAAUAGGAAUGACGAAUUGUAUUAUAAUCCUCAUGAAAGAAUAUCCUUAUUCUAAAUGUCCUUAGAACAAUAGCUAGAUUGUGCAAAGUUAUAUGUGUCAGUGUCGCAAGCUAAUUGGUCCAACAAUUCACCUUCUCAAACGAAAAAUUAACUCAUAGCGGUAUGAAGAGACUUGAACACAUGCCUUCAACUAUCAGAUCAAAUUCUGAUACCGUGUCACAAAAUAAUUGAUCUAAUAACUCGACUUAUUCAGAGAAAGUGGACCCUAACAUCACAAUAAAUCGAAUUGUCUGGAGACACUGUGCCGGAAUCUUUUAACUCCAAUACCGACUUCUUGUUUGACUUGUCGCCGGAGAAGCAAGAGCCGGGACCCGCGAACCCUCCCCCGGCACUUCACAAAUCUUCAUCUGUGCUCCGGCGCCGGUCCCACACCACUUGAUACUCCACCAUCUCCCAUCUGUACAUUACUUUCAUCACACUUGUACAUUGACAACAGAAUAAUGAUAAAUAAAUAAAAAAACAAUUACAAAACGGAAAAUGGAAAAUUCCCAUCCCCACAAAAGCCGAAAAGACCAAAGAGGCCAAAAAGGAAACGCCACCGCAUCCCUUUCAUUCAUUCUGUUCUUCUCUCCUUCACAGAAAAAAGGGGAAAUUUUCACAAAAAGAAAAGGAAGAAGGUAUUUUUUUUCAUUAAAUUAUAUAAAGGGGGAAAAAAAUGUAGAGGAAAAGGAAAUAUCUUGAAUGUGAAUAAUAAUGUCUUCACCAUGUUUUCAUGCCUUUGUCCCCUCUUUACGGUAAAGCAUUAAUACCGCCAAUUUCUCUUGUUUUUAUACUUUUUAUUCACUUUUCCUAAUUGCAAAUUAGAAUAAGGGUGGAAAAGUGGAAUGCUCCUCCAUUGCUCUUGAUAUAAUUAGAAUUUAGAACCCAAAACCACAUUGUUCUGCAUAAUCCAUAAUUCUGUAAAAUACAUAUCAAUACGAAUGUCCCACAAAUGUUAUGUAUAAGCUCGAAGAAUAAAUUAUAGUCUGCCACAUCAAUAACAUGUAAAUCUAAUUAUCUAAAUAUAUUUGAUGUUUUGAUGGAGUGGGAAAUUCUGUAAUAAAGUUAGUUCGGUAAAAGUAGGGUUGACAACCAGUAUCUCAAUCCGACGAUAACAUCUUGACAAAUGACCACUUCAUUAUUGUAGCUUAGAUGAUAGUGAUCGAAUCGAUUUGUUAGUUGAAACAACAUUUCCUUAAUCAUCACUGCAUAAUUAUUUUUGUUUAGAUGAGAUUAGUGAGAUGCUCGAUGGGACUAGUGGCGAUGAGGCUGCACAACGCUUUUAUUGAGAGUUGGUGACUCUCUGUGAUGUUCGUAGGUGGUGCGUGCAGUUGGGUUUGCAAAUAGGCUGUACUCGAGGUUGAUGCAAAAAACAGUUGUUGACCAAGUGAAUAAUCAAAGUCGGAAUGAUGUGCUUGGUGAUGCGGUAUUUGAAGAGAUACAAGGCUUGUAUACACAUAUUCCUAGCUAUCACAAUCGAUUUCUUCAAUAAUAGAAUAAUAGAGUGACCUUUUUUUUUUAAGAUGAUCUUUUAUCCCAUAACCAAAACAAGGGAAGCAGACAAGUUACAUGUAUGACGACAAGACUGAGAUUUUAUUUUGUUCCUUUCCGACUCAAGCGGAAGCAUUUGCUCUUCUCCACGUUGUCAUGCUUGCGGUUCAAGAGAACUACACUAGUAUCAAAUUUGAUUGUCACGUUUCGACACAAGCUCUACUGAAAGUUUCAGAUCUCUGGCCAUGGCAUUGCCGAACAACGUUGACUCGUAUCAUCCACGUCAUUUUAAUGUUGGCUCAAAAUGUCAUAUCUUUAUGAUCUCCUCGUGUUGUCAUGGAUUAGUAGUGUACCUCACCAUCUUGGUUCGGUUAACACAAGCUAACUAUAUUUUGAAAAAGAAAAACCCGUUGAGUCCUUUUUCAGUUGCCGUCUCAGUUCCUUUCGACGGUUCAUUGCAUGUGUCAAUGGAAUUAGGAGAUACUCAUGUAUCAUAUAACACAAAACUUUUUUGGCCCAAAAUUACGCAUAAUAAUUAUUUUUCUAUAUAAAAUGACAAUAUUAGUUCCUUUAGCAAAUUUGUAGGAAGGGCAAAUUGAAAUAAAUAAAAAAUCCCCAAAUUUGUGUGUAUUUGUUUACUCAGUGGUGGGAUCUUCCAGGGUUCUACGGCAGGAGCCAAUUUGACUUUUGGAGAGAAAGAAAGAGGAGAGGAGAAGAGGAGGAGGAAAAAUGGCGAGGAAAAAUCAAGCCUUUGCCUUGAUUGCUAGGAUAUUACAGAAUUUUCCUUCCUAAUUUCCCCUCCUUUCACCCCUCUUUUAAUGGCCUUGGUUUGAGUUUCUGGGUAUUCCAGCGCAGAUCGGAUUCUUCAAUUCCCUUCAACAAUGGAUUCCUCUUCCAAUGUUUCUCUUGAUUGCUGAUAGCCCUUUUCAGCUCCCCUCUCCCUCUUUAAUGGGUUGCAGGAAAUUCACUCUCUUCUUAACUUUCCCCAACCACUUUUUCGAAUCCAGUCCUUCGGCCGCCGCCGUGCAGACGGCGGAGUUGUAACGAAUCGCCGACGUUUGAGAACAGAAAAGAAGAAGAAGGAGGAACCACGGAAGAGAAGGCAGAAGAAGAAUCGGCGAUGGAGGAAACGAAUUCCUCCUGGCUACGGCGGACGAAAUACUCCCACACGGUUUGCCAUCGCUUCGAAACGUCGCAGCUGGCAUCGUACCGUUUCGACGUCGAGCAAGAGCAGCAGCAGCGGCGGGGGACGAGGUCGUUUAAUGGGUUAGCGUCUUCUGUGGAGAAAUCGAUUUCCGCUUUCGACCAGAAAUUAGUUUCCAAGCCCAAUCGGGAUUCUAAUCGGCGUGAUUCCGUUUCUGGUGCUAUUUCGAUUUCUCCCCCUUCCCCUCUUUCCCCUCCGGCGUUAAAUCGCCGCGUUUACUCCCAGAUUCAGCGCAAUCCGGUGAUGAACAAGCAGAGAUCUAUGUCGCCGGUGCCUCAGACCUCCGUCCCGGAUUCGUUCAAGGAAGCUAAGUCAGACAAGAAGCGGUAUUCAACCCCUCACCCUAGGCGGAGGAAAGAUCAUCACGAGAGUAAAGGAAUCAUGGGGAAAUUGUGGCAUCACAACCACAAGCCGCACCAGCAAUCUCACGAAUCCAAGGCCGUCGAAUCGAAAUCGGUCGUCGAAUUGAGCAAGAACGAUAACAACAACAACGCGAGCCCAAUUCGGCACCUGAAUUCGGUAAAGGGGAAGCAAUCGGCUUGGACGAAGUUCUUUGACCACGCCGGAGGGAGAGUCAACGCGGUGGAAGCUGCAGAUGAAUUCAGCGUCGACAUGUCGAAGCUUUUCUUGGGUCUGAAAUUUGCUCACGGAGCUCAUAGCAGGUUGUACCAUGGGUUGUACAACGAUGAGCCUGUUGCGGUGAAGAUGAUCAGGGAACCAGAUGAUGACGAAAAUGGAGCACUAGCUGUUCGAUUGAAGAGCCAGUUCGAUAGGGAGGUCUGCCUCUUGUCCAGGCUCCGCCAUCCUAAUGUGAUUAGGUUUGUGGCAGCUUGCAAGAAGCCUCCAGUCUACUGUGUUAUAACCGAGUAUCUACCUGAGGGAUCGUUGAGAGCAUACUUGCACAAGCUAGAGGAGAAGUCUCUGCCUAUGGAGAAGAUAAUAGGUUUUGCAUUGGACAUUGCUCGAGGGAUGGAGUACAUUCACUCUCGUGGUGUAAUCCAUCGUGAUCUAAAGCCGGAGAACAUUCUGAUCGACGAGGAUUUCCAUUUGAAGAUUGCUGAUUUCGGUAUAGCUUGCGAGGAGGCUUACUGUGAUAUGUUGGUUGAUGAUCCGGGUACAUAUAGAUGGAUGGCGCCCGAGAUGAUCAAGAAGAAAUCCUAUGGUCGAAAGGUCGAUGUGUACGGAUUCGGGUUGAUGCUCUGGGAAAUGGUUGCUGGAACAAUUCCAUAUGAGGAGAUGAAUCCCAUUCAGGCUGCUUUUGCGGUGGUUAACAAGAACUUGAGGCCGGUGAUUUCUGCGGAUUGCCCUCCGGCAAUGAAAGCCUUGAUUGAGCAAUGCUGGAGCUUGCAGCCAGAGAAGAGGCCGGAGUUUUGGCAGAUCGUGAGGGUGUUGGAGCAGUUCGAGACGUCGUUGGCUCGGGAUGGGAAUCUGAACUUGGUCUUGAACCCAAGUUGCCAUGAUCACAAGAAGGGGCUUCUCCACUUGAUUCAAAAGCAAAAGCUUGGCCCUGUGCAUCCUAAUAGUUGCCCAACGCCCAAACCUAAGUUCAUGUGAAUGAAUGAAUCCCUCUCUCUUGUUUAAAUGUCUCGGCUUGUGUUUUUUGGUAGUGGGCUUGGGUUACUUGUAAUUAGAAAAACAAAGGAAUGAAGAAGGAAACAGGAAAUGACAUGUUUUUGUCUCCUCUCUUCGACUCCAUCUGUGCAAUCCACAUUGAUAUGGGAAUUUGAAUGAAAUUUUUUGGUUUGCUUGUUGCCAUAUCUCCAAAGCUAUACAAUCUUUGCCUAUCUUUUAGAUUGUUUUGUCUCGUAGCAGAGCAACCCAUAACACCAAUAUUGUCGUUUCCUAUUAGAUUUUGUGAUUCCAUCAUACAUGGAAGGAUAGUUUGUUGGCCGAGACAAAUCAAUUGCAACCAUAUGACUAUAAUAUACCAAACAAGAGAGUUUGUUUUGCUUCCUUGCAAUUUUCUUCCUUCCCAUGUUGGUUGGCUGAUGUAUUUUAGGAUUGUUUGGGAAUUGAUUGUGGAAUAGAGACUUGGGAAGUUUGCAGUUGUUAUCUGUUUGUUGUGUCGCGGGUGAAGGUGAGCAAAGAAUGCAAGGUGGAUUCAUCCGAUGUUUACAUGAUUUUGGGUUGAGAUGUCAUUCUUUGUUGUCUAUGACUAUUGUGUGACCUUUUGCUUUAGGUUGAUGAAAAUAGCAAUGAGGCUAAAGUACUUGAAGAGGAGAACAUUGAUUGCUUGUAGAAAAAGUUUGGUUUGGUAUGUAUGAAGAAUGAAGCAUUUCUCCACGGACAAAAAAGAAAAUACUAUUAUUCCUAGAUUGUUGAAUUCCAAAUGGUUAGGCUUGGGGUAAUUUAGAAUUUUUUGUGUGUUUCUCUUUCUGCUAAAAGAAUUAUGUGUUGACCCACAUGUAAAUUCCUAUUAUUCGCACACAUAAAAUGUCCUUAAUGGAUAUAUGAUGAGAUGAUUUAUUUACAACACAAAGGUAUACAAAGUCAAUCAAGCUCAAUUUGAUUUUUGUUUAGUUCUCUUAUCUCAUUACAAAAGAAGAUUUCUUUUGUUAUCUUGUACCUUUGUUUAUGGAAAUGAAAUAAAUAUAGUACAAAAUCACUGUAUAUUUUUCUUUGGUGUAAUAAGAUGCAACUUACACGCUAUUAAUUUUGUGCAUUUUUAAUGAAGUGAUAUUUUAUUCAUGUAAAUGAAGAUUUUUCGAUAAUAUUAUGAUUGUAAAGCUACUAGGUCGCCAACUAGAUUAUGCGAUUGUUGGCUCAAUUUUUAGUGAAGUUCAAAUGAGCAGUCAUUGCUACGAUGAUUGCUUCUAAAUCAAUGUGUACAUGGCGCAUAUGAAGGUGACUAUAAUAAUACUACAAUAGAUACUAAACAAAUGAAAUACAUACAACUAUAAGUAUACGACAUAGGCACUGGAGCAACGAUUAAAGUUGAAGGGGAGAUAGAGAAAAGGGAAAUGACCAUUCUUUUCUCCUCGUGACAUGAGCCACAAGGUAUUAGUCAUGUUUUCACCUUGGUAUUUUGACUUUUAUAUUUUGUUGAGUCUUUAGGUUAAGCCGAUGAGCGUUCCUAAGGCCGCGAGUUAAAGUCUCUCUCACUCUAACAUAUUUUUUUAAUAACUAACAUGAAAUUUAUUUCUUAAAAAACAUUGGGCAGCAAAGCACAAUUCGCUGAAAGUUUAGUAAUUAAAAAGACAGGUGACUAGAAAACUGGAUAUUUGUUUCUGCCCAUCUCCAGUCACUCUUGGUCAUCUCAUGAGCCACUUUAUUCCAGCAUCGACCCCAAAAUCUCCAAUCCACCAUUCACAUCUCCUUGUCCUUCUGCCUGGUUUCUUCAUAAAUCCUAGUUCUUUCCAACCUCGUAGCCUCCUGAUGGUGAAGCUUAUGAAUCAUUGUUUGGCAAUUGGUCUCAAUAAUGAGAGGAGAGAAAG